AUGGAAUUCGUAAAUAUUCGAUUGACCCAGAGCUCGCAGACAAUGGUUGUUCGGGCAUUGCAUAUGCCGAUGAACCUUUAGCUGACGAAGCCUGGCUGGAAACAUAUCACAAAGAAGAACAGGAGCGUUUAGAAGUAGAAGAAAAACUCGUCAAAAAAUUAAGUGGUUCUGUAGAUAUACUGUAAGCGAAUGGUAAGGAGUUUAUAUCAAAGCCUAUUACAGUAAAAAUUUGCUAUAAUUUGUCAUUUUAGUACGCGAUUAUAAAGUGUUUGGGGUAAGGAAUGCUCUGUUGCUCUGGCUGCUUUUGGCCGAAGGUAAAUGUUUUAUUUUUGUAAUUUUGUUGCAGGUGUAUAAAUGGGGUAACUGUAGUGUAGAACUACUUCAUAAUAGCUACGAGUGCUGUUGCUGUUCUGAGUUGGAAGGCUGUGAAGAAGCCAUGCACAACGAAGAGGUUCUUGAAGACCAAAAGGCCGCGGAUAUCCCAGCUACUAAAUGUAUAACGCAACACCCAGGAUUUAAUUGUUUUUGUUUGCAAAAGCAGAGUUUAAAGAUGUCUGCAGAUGGCUAUAAAACCAAAAGUAAUGCCAGAUAUCGCCACUGGAGGGAGAGAACAGGUUAGAACUGUAUUCAUUGCUCAAGUACUUGUGAUAUCUAAUAUUACCAGAAAUAGUAAAAGACAAAAUCAUUUUGUAUUGGCAUUUAAUAAAUUGUUGCCCUGUCUCUGGAUUCCUGCGCAGUGUCUCGUACAGAGGAUUUACGAGGAUGGUUUAUCGAUUCCUCGGAAAUAAAAGGAUACCUCUGCCAGCAUGUGCCUACACGGCUAUUAGAAAAACAUUUCCUGUUAGUGAAAAAGAAGAAGUUACUGGCUAUAUUGAUGAAUCUGACUGA